AUGGCGUCCGUUACCGCAAUGUCAUUUCCACCCUCCCGACGUCCCGCGCCGCUUCCGAACCGCCCCCUUUCCGUGCCACACCCGCUCCCCCCUCGCCCCUCGGUUUGCUCCCCUCGCCUGCUCGCGGCCUCGGCGCUGCCGCGCGCCGCAUUCAGCCCACCGCCGAAGGCGCAGCGGGGCGCGGAAUGGGCGCGGCCCGCGCGGCACACGAACGCCGCGCCAUCACCGCGCGGCGGUGGCGGGGUUCGCGCGCAUAGCGCGGAAGGCCCACGGGUGCGGGGAGGGCUCGCAAAAUGGGGGAGAGUCGAGGGGCUCGAAAGCGGCGGCGGAAGAUUCAGUCUCGCGCGCGGAGCGAAGCGCGGAUGCAGGGCGGCAGCGGGGGAAGUGGGGGGCGGAGAGGCGCCGCAGGGAUGGGGGGAGUUGGAAGGCAGGUGGCGGUUGUGGUGGGAGGGGUGGGGGGAGGAGGAGGCAGGGGAGGAGCGAGAGGGGAGAAGCGGGGCCAGAGUGCGAGAUGCAUGGGCGGAUUCGUGGCAGGGAAAGGAUGAGGAGUGCAGCAGCAGCGCAUCAGCCCCACCAGUGGCGGGCGUACCACAGCAGCCAGCAGCAGUGGUGGACGACCCGCGUGCCCUCGCAGACCCCGACAGCACCUUCCUCUCCGUGCAUGGCGUCAUGCUGCAUGCCAAACUCACCUCACCAUCCCCAUACCCAUCAUCACCCCCAUCCCCAUCAGCAUCCCCAUCGCCACCACCAUCGCCAUCCCCACUGCCGUCGUCCCCCUCGCCGCAUCCCACGCUGCUGCUACACGGCUUCGGCGCCUCGCUCUUCUCCUUCCACCGCCUGCAGCACCGCCUCUCCCACCGCCUCUGCUCUCCAUCCCUCUCCUUUGACCGCCCCGCCUUCGGCCUCUCUGCUCGCCCGCCCCCCUCCCCCCUCCCUGUCGCUUCUCCUGCCUCUGCCCCCGCCUCACACCCCUCGCCCUACAGCCUGGCGUACAGCCGUGAUGCCACCGUUGCCUUUGCACACUCCCUCCUGCAUGGCACGCUGCACCCAGCACAGGGGGCGGACGGGAACGAGAUGCCAACGCUAGCAGGAGGAGCAGAGGCGUUUGGGGAGGGAGUGAUUGGGGAGGAGGGGAAUGAGGGAGGCGGCAAGGAGAGGGGGGCGGGAAGGGUGGUGCUUGUUGGCCACUCUGCCGGGUGUCUGCCAGCCAUAGAGGCAGCUCUCGCCCGCCCCGAUCUCUUCUCUGCCCUCGUCCUCAUUGCACCUGCCCUCGUGCCGCCCUUGCUGCCGCCCCGCACCCAAUCGCCCCCCUCCUCAUUGCCUCCUCGCCCUGCUGCUCACCACUCUGCGGGAGAGACCGCAGCAGGAAACGAGGGAGAGGCAGGGUUAGGGAGUGGGGAAGAGGGGGCUGGAGGAGCAGGAGGAGGAGGGGAAGGAGCAAGUGAUGGGAGGGGCAAGCCUGGGGGCGUGGGUCGUCUUGUGGCGGUCGCAUGCUGCCUUGCAUCUCUCACUCUCUCCCGCGUGUUGCUCCUGCUGCUAUCUCUCACUCGUCUUGCUGUCACCGCGUGCACGGCCGCUGUCGCUGCUGCUGCUGUGGCCGUGGCGUCUAUGACCCUCCUGCUGCAACCCUUCUUUGCACUGCUUUGUUCCACACCACUGCCACUCCGUGCUGUCACUUACUCUAGCGCUCCCAGCAGCACAGAUAGCACCGCCAGCAGCAGCAGCAGCGGCGGCGGCGGCAGCAGCGAGCAUGGAAGUGCCCUGGGAGCUGCUGGUGCAUGCGUUCACCUCGCCCUCACUCUCACCUUCGCCCUCCCCUUCCUCCUCGCCCUCCACGUCGCCUUCCUCCUCUCCUCCCUCUCAUCCUUCUCUGCAUCGCUACUAGCUGUCCUCACCUGCUCGCCGCACCUUCCCUCCGCCCUCGCUGCGCUCUUGUUACGAUGCGAGCCCAUGCGACUCAUGGUGCGAGCAGUGAUGGGCACCGUGGGAGUGGCAGCAGUGAAGCAGGCAUGGAGGCACCCCUCCCUUUGCUCGCCAGCCAUUCUUGAUGGCUACACCAGGCCCCUGGCGUGUCGCAACUGGGACAGGGCGCUAAUAGAGUUCACAGUUGCAGCCACGCUCAACCCUAACACUGCUACCAAACUGCACGCACUCGACCUCCCUG